GUGCGACAUUCGGCUUAUUGUUAUUAUUCAGCGUCCACUGAAGGCCACUGAAGGGCUUCUGUAAGCUUCUUCCUCAAACAAGUUAGGUUAGCAGCUUCGGAGGGAAUGAGCUCGCAUUGCGCAUUGUAUCGAGAGCCCGCUGGUGCAAGGACAUAAGGGAAGCAUUUGCCGAUGCUCCGUAAAAGUGUCCUACUUAUCCAACAGCUCAUAUCUCACUCCCGCCUCGUCCUCGUCCAAGUCCCCGUCCUCAUCCUCAUUCCAGUACUGCCUUCCGAACCUGCAUCUACGGGAAAGACCUACACAAAAACUCCCCUAAUCAGCUCAAAAUGACCACCACGGCUGUCUUCGGCUCCACCGGCUUUGUCGGCUCCAGCAUCCUGUCGACGUUGUUGGGUCUCGACGCCAUUAAAGCUGUGCACGUCAUCGCUCGUAGAGCACCAAAGUCAGAGGGGGCCAAGCUGAACACGCAUAUCGAAGAGGACAACGCAAAAUGGACUUCAACACUCGGCUCGAUUCAGCCUCCGCCAGAUGUCGUCUACUCCGCUGUAGGCACUACCAAAGCGAGCGCUGGUAGCAUUGCGAAUCAGUGGAAGAUUGACCACGAUUUAAACGUCGAUAUCGCAAAGGCCGCCAAGGAACAGGGCGUCAAGACCUUCGUGUUCAUAUCUUCCGCCGGUACCUCGGGCCUCCUCGCGAACCGCGUCCCAUAUUCGCAGAUGAAGCAGGGCGUCGAGAACACGAUCAAGUCUCUGGACUUCGAGCAGGCCAUCAUUGUGAGACCUGGAGCCAUCUUGGGCCAGCGCGAGGGCGAGAACAAGAAUCGCACCACCCUGGUGCAUACCAUCAUCAACUCGUUGCCUGGCGUGGCCAAGGACAGACUUGGUCAGGAUGCGAACAUCAUUGCGCGCGCUGCCGUGAACGCUGCAAUCCUGGCUAAAGACGGCAAGGCGCCUAGCAAGUAUUGGGUGCUCGAGCAGGCUGACGUCGUCAGGCUCGGUCGUGACGAGUACAAGCUGUGAGUAAAGUCUGUUUGCCGCAGCGCCUGGAAACGAUCCGCAGGAACCCCCGUUUGGACAGUACAGCAGCCCGCCAUAUGUGAUUAGUGACUUUAGAUACCCUCCGCGUAAUGGAAUUUGUUUUAUUUCUGCUUGCAGCUACAUACCCCCUGGGCCCUCGCAUAUCUUGGGCAAAUUAGAGAUAAGCACGAGUCCAGCUCGGUAAGCCC